UCCGUUCUGCAGAGAAUGACAUCAUGGCUGUCCAAUGUUUCAGGGCUCUUUUCCAGACUCCUGGCUGCAGUCCCCACAGCAGGCGCGUUCUCCAUGUCUCAGUGCUUGCACCAGGUGGCAGGGCCUGUCUGGAACCUGGGCCGCCUCAACCAUGUGGCCAUCGCCGUGCCAGAUUUGGGGAAGGCUGCCGCAUUUUAUAAGGAUGUUUUGGGGGCCCAGGUCAGCGAGGCGGUCCCUCUGCCAGAACACGGCGUCUCGGUGGUUUUUGUCGACCUGGGAAACACCAAGGUGGAGCUGCUCCACCCGCUGGGAAAGGACAGUCCAAUCGCGGGCUUCCUGCAGAAGAACAAGGCUGGAGGGAUGCACCACAUCUGCAUCGAGGUGGAUAACAUAAAGGCAGCCCUGAUGGACUUGAAGAACAAGAGGAUCCGCAGUCUGAGUGACGAGGCCAAGAUCGGAGCACAUGGGAAGCCAGUGGUUUUCCUCCACCCCAAAGACUGCGGGGGUGUCCUUGUGGAGCUGGAGGAAGCCUGAGCGUGUCUGCAUGGCACCAAGCUGCUUGGUCUACAGAAGCUGCCGGACACUGCAAUUGAGUGCUCCACGGCUCCCAUCAUGGGAAAGAUGAGAGUUAAAGUCUUAUUACAGAGAUGAAAAAUACACGUAUGUACAUAAGU